AUGGAUGAUGAUCCAUCAAGCUCAGUGAGGGGAGGGAGGCGCAGUUCACAAGUUGGAGGUUUGCAUCAAGAGGAACAAAAAGCAAUCGAACUCGAGAUAAUGAUAGAUGCCAUUACACCAGGUUUAUCGGGAGAUUAUGCAAAGAAGGAGGAGGAAGAGGUAGAAAAAAGGGAAUCGACCCCAAAGUUAUCGGAAGAACGAACGAAGAUGCUAGCUGGGUGCGAUAAAAUGAGCCCCAGUUCAGGUCGGUUAGACUCUUCUCUUCCUCCCGCAGCCCGCUACGUAUUCGGUUCUUUUGCGGAACAGCUAGAAAUUGUCAUCAGUCAGAGAAAAGAUAUGAUGCUGCCUAGUACUACAGGUACAGGUGCUGCGACAGGCUUUGGCAGCCGGAACUCCAACGGUGGUUGA